UUCAUCCAGCUCGCUUGACGUCUCAUGAAAAAGGAAAAUGAAAGCGGAGAUGGAAUUCACCGAUUACAAACAUUGGAAAUAAGUUAACAUACACACCGACACCACAAAUGUAACACCAUCGCAGCUAUUUACUGACGACUCGCCAUGAAUUAGAAGCUGUAGACUACGCUAUGAUCUCAUUCUCCAUGCUUUCAAUUGCAUGCCAUGUUGAACUAGCCACCUCCCUGUCGCAAGCAACGCCGGGGUCUAUUCAACUAGGCUUCAUCUCAUCACCGUACUGCAGUACGUUGCAGUGACCGAGAGGAGAACCACGUUUCGGCUGCAGAAUUUGAGUGCCAUCGCGGAGCGGAUAGCAUCUGUUAACACAAUAAAUCGCUUUCUAUUUACUAUGGAAUGUAUACUAUGAUUGCCAUGGUUAUGGUUACUGACAUUGAUAGGCUAGCUAAACUAGCUGACUCAGUUUCAGUGCGUGUCUAGUGUAUCGCAACUGCAUUCCACUAAGGAACCAAGAGAAUGGAUCGAGCAGGCAGUAUUCAACUGGACAUCCCUGAUUUCAGCAAUUCGGUUUUAUCCCAUCUCAACCAGUUGCGUAUGCAGGGACGCCUAUGUGAUAUUGUGGUUAACGUGCAAGGCCAGAACUUCCGAGCUCACAAAGUUGUUCUGGCUGCGAGUUCACCUUACUUCAGAGACCACAUGUCACUCAGUCAGAUGAGCACUGUCUCCCUGUCAGUCAUCCGCAACCCUACUGUGUUCGAACAGUUACUCUCCUUCUGCUACACUGGGAGGCUGUGCCUACAGCUUGCAGACAUUAUCAGCUACCUGACAGCUGCCAGCUUUCUCCAGAUGCAGCACAUCAUUGACCACUGUACACAGAUCCUGGAAGGCAUACACCUGAAGAUCAGCCUCUCAGAUGUAGAAGAAGAGCUUGGUGUUGAAGCGGUGGCACAGUGCCACAAGGGUUCAAGUAAGACCCUGUUGUCUGUGAAAGGAGGAGGACUCGAUGGGGGUAUGUCAGGGGACUCCAUCUCCCUGAGACCAAACCACACCAACCCUAGGGUCCUUGGCCAGCGCAGUGGUAGCUCUGAAGUCGGAAUCGAUAUGUCUGAGGUUGGGAGCCCAGCAGGGGAGUCCAUGAGCCCCCAGAUGGUAGAGCAUAGUGGGCUGGGUCCUGAGGGGCUGGCAGUUGAGGCAGUAACCAGCAGGCUGGGAAAGGAGCCUAUACUACGCAUUAACCGGGCAGGACAGUGGUACGUGGAAACAGGGAUAGAGUCAGAGAGGGGGGGCAGUGGAGAGGAGGGGGAGGGAAUGCAUGUCCGGGUGGGAGUGGUGGAUGGGCGGAGGAUAAAGACAGAGAGGAUGGAGGAGUGGAUGGGGUCUGAACCACAGGAAGAAGGCAGUGGGGCAGAGGAGGCACCAGCUCUAAUUGAUACUUCAAGAUGCAGCUCUAUGGUACAAGAGGGGUUUGUCUCCAGAGCCAUAGCUGCCAAGAGCUCUCUGCCUUCAAGUAGCUUCAGUGAGACGGAAAGGUUUAGCCCUACUGGUAGUGUGGUGGUCAUGGCAGACAGACAGAGAGCCAAGAGUGAGUCUCCCAGCCGAGUGGACGACCAGCACCACUCCACCUUACAGGGGGAGGACCAGGCCGUAUUUGACAUGGGUGGAUAUGAGGAAUACUUGCGCGAGCAGGUCGGGGACCGCUGGUUCCGCUACAACCCACGGCUCACCUGCAUUUACUGUUGUAAGUCGUUCAACCAAAAGGGCAGUCUGGACCGCCACAUGCGCCUACACAUGGGCAUUACUCCAUUUGUCUGUCGCAUUUGCGGGAAGAAGUACACACGCAAGGAUCAACUUGAGUACCAUAUCCGCAAGCACACAGGCAACAAGCCUUUUCAUUGCCACGUCUGCGGCAAGAGCUUCCCCUUUCAGGCUAUCCUCAACCAGCACUUCCGCAAGAACCAUCCUGGCUGUGCCCCUCAGGAGGUAGCCCACAGUGCCUCCCCAGAGACCACCACAGUCUCUGUCACCUCCAGAGGGGUUCACAAUGAGGAGGGUUCACCCAGCCAAGGGCAGCCUGAGGAAGGCAGCAGUGAAGGUACCUCCUUUGGAGAAGGGAUCCAAGCAUCGGUUUCCACUACAGGGCCUGAUUGACAGAGAGAAAAAAUAGACAACAGGGUUAGAGGGAUACAGAGGGUAAGAUUUUGAAUUAUUCAAACCGAAGACAACUGUAAAGGUUUGUAUUAAAGCAGCUUGGACAGAAAAAGUUGAAAAUGUAAGUGAUAGGUUACAAAUCUGUAUGGAAUUACAUUUUUAGAAUCCUUUCAAUUAUACAACAUACAGAAGUUUUGAGCAAUGCAACAGUAGUUUGCAUUGUAAUAAUAUAGAAAACUUUGCAUUACAUAGUGCAUAAAUUAUAUUUACGCUUUAAACCGCAUCUACCUUCACAAAACAGAUAAAGCUAACAUAAGAAAUGCCACAUACUCCAACAACCUCAUAUACCACUGAACACAGUGAUAUUUAUUGUCUAUUUUGCCUUGUCUAUUUUUCUGUGUUACAGUUUUAUACUUUUUACUAUCGAUAUUCAUAAGAUAAUGUGGUUUACUUGUCGGAAUUUUGACAAAUUCAAUUAACUUUGCCAAAAUACUUGAGUAUGAAUAACUGAGUUUCUAAAAAUAAAUUGUUUUUGCCUUGAGACAAUCUUGAGCAAUUUAGGAAUGUGAUCGAUUAUCUGGCUUUCUUUCACAUACUUGCCAAUAUUUAUUGUGCCACAAAGGCUUAAAUGCAACAGAAAAAAGCAUUCACUUUGAAAAAAGACAACAAAAAACUUAUAAUUCUUCUUAACCUCUUUCACCCUGACAUAUUUAAAAUAAAAUAAACAUAUCUCCACAGCAAUUUAUCUGUUAAAGAUUGUGACUUUAGGAUCACAAUGUGGGUAUUUCUAAGCUUGAGCAACAGAUGGCAUGGUUUAUAAUCCUUUGUUUUUUGUUUGUUAGUUUUUUACCCCAAAGAAGGUAUAUUCUAAAUGUGCUAGAUGAUAAAAGUCGGAGAAAGUUCUGAAUUUCUUUAAAUGUUGUCCAUCAAGACAUUUCUUGGGAGAUACAAAUGGUUGUUUAUUCAGGCUUUGAAAAAUAUUUUUACAUAACUUUCAGGUAAAAGAGGUUAAGUAAAGACUAUAGCAGUGAAAAGUUAAUAUAUUGGAAAGAAAUGUAAUGACUUGUCCCUGUGUAAAAUUCAAAUGAAGCCAUAUGCCUUUCAAUGCAUAUUGAAAUUCCAGAACGCAUGAAAACUUGAUUAUCUUCAACCUCAGAUAAGCUACAAUACAUCUGUUACCUCGUCACUACGCAAUACAGCUCUCCUCCAAACAGAUUGGAUGAUGCACUCAAAUUGUUUCUCCAAUUUGUAUGUGCUGGUUAACUGUUAACUAGUUUUAUAAGUGACAUUUUUGCUAGUUGGGUCUUCAAAAUAUUUCUAACUUGUGUAUAUAUAAGGGGGGGGGGGGAACUAGACAAACCUGAGGAGAAGGGACAAAUAAGGCCUUCUGGAAAUUAAUCCACAAACCAAGGAGGCUUCCUUGAAACCAAAGGAAUUGAGUGGACAAGAUUAACUAACUAUGUCUAUCACUUGCAAAGGGGAGAACUAAAACAUAUUUUUAAGAAGUAUGUAAAGCGAUACAGACAUAGUUAAAUAGAACCUAAUUUACUUUUUUGGAUAUUGUUUUUUUUUCUCCAAGGGCAGUAGCACAUUAGAUUGGCUGUUGCUAUUCUUAUUUUUAAAAAGAGCUGUGAAUCAUUUGUGGGUGACUGAGUGAAACAGGUAUUUUGUAACCAAAUGGUGAAAAACAGCUACUGAUAUGUUCACUGUAUGAUUUUGUUUAUUUAUUAUCAUUUUUAUACUGUUACUAGACAGAUCGUUACAGUAUCCCUCAGUCUGUUCUCUUCAGGCAAAACAGGUGCACAUGACACCUGUUUAUAUCAGGUAUAUUUUGUUUACUCUUAAGUUAACACUCCUUUGUAUUAAGACAAAAGUACUGAGUUUUACCCAGAAUAUUGUACUCAAAUGUCACACAUCAUCAAGCUUGAUUAAUCAUCAACAUCUUGUAAACAUGCCUGUAUUAACAUUUCUUUAUGAUGUACCGUAUUUUUCGGAAAACAACCCGCACCCCACCAGAAUGGGAGCUUUGUGUUUGUAAAUCUGAUUAUAACCCACACUGGAAUAUAUGCCGCACUUGAUACGGGAACAAUGAUACCAAGCAAUGCACAAGUAGGCUAUAGGCGAUUUUACAGCAUGCCGUAACACACUUCGGUUGUGGAUAGUAUGUCAAAAUUAUUUUAGAUAUAGUAUAAGUUUAGCUAUCUUGCAAAUCCUGAGGAUAACCUACCGAAGUUGAAUUAGCCAAUGUCGUUAGCGAUGCUAGCUAACGUUGGUUUGCUAGCUGUAUAUAACAUUUCACUGGGUCUUGCAGCUGUUUGAUUUACUGAAAUUAUUAUGAAAUGUUAUGUUCUACUAGCCAUUUGCCUACUUUAGCAAGUCACUGUAUUUCCAAGCCCUGAUACUGUAACUGAGACGACACAGUAAAUAAUUCAUCUUUCAAUAAGCCCCCGUUCCAGUGUAGAGCAUUCAAUUAGCUGCAUGGUCUGUAGAGAUUUUGGGACAAAGGCACUUUUUUGUUCUAAAACCGGUAUAUACGCCGCUUCGAAAUAUAAGCCGUACAACCACAAAACUGUAAAAUCGGGGGACAAGCCUUGGUUUUAUUUCCGAAAAAUACAGUAAAUAGAAAUGCCAUAGCUUUUCUCAUCUUAAACUAAUUUGUGGCAAGCUUGAUAAACAUAUCAGCAUGGUGACAUUCUUUACAAUCUUAGUCUUAGAAUUUAAGGCGAUAUUGACACAUUCAUUCCACAUGCAUUCCUCCUUGCUUUUUAGCUAGGUUCAGCCAUGUGCAUCGAAUAAAUAAUAAAUAUUUUGGUCAACAUUAGUGCAUUUGUUUUUAAGGGCCUUUUUUUAUUUUCUCAGAACACUGCAAUUACUUACAGGUAUGGAUUUACUGAGCCCCCCAAAUGGCAAUGCAUUUUUAUUUGGCGUUUACAAUGCCAAAUAUGACUGAGCUUAUACUAGAAUGUACAUGCAAAUCAUGCCAAAAAUGACUUUGAUGAUGAUUUAAAUUGAGGAACAUCUCACUUUUCUUGGGCUUUUAUAUAUGUCUGUUCUGAGAAUCGUGUCUCAUCAGAUAUUCAUAACUUAUUUUCCAUGUCACGUCUGAAAUAAUUGUUAAUAUGCAAUGACACUAAUGCAUAUUUAAUAAUAUUGUUGUAAGCCACAAAAUACCUACUCAAACAACCUAGAUACAGCACUUUGAAAAAGUAUUGAGCCCUCACUGUUUUACACAAAUAAUUCCCACUACCUUGGACUUUAUGAAUGCCACACUUUAGUAUACUCGCAAUUAUUUUUUUACUUAAACAAUUCCUCUUGAUCAGUGGAACCAUAUCUCUCAGCUAUCGCAGGUAAUACGUCUGUUUCACAAUGUGAAUGCAUAUUUUUCACAAUGUGAUGGAUCAAGAUUUGUCCAUUCCUGCCAGGUUCCCGUGCCAGAUUAGGGAAUGGUCGUGGAGUCCGUUUUAAUGUUUUGCAACAGAUGUUCAAAGGGGUUAAGGUAUGGACUGUGACUGGGCUGCUCAUGGACAUAUAUUUUCUUCAUUUAAGCAACUCCAGUGUUGCUCUGGCUGUGUGAGACAAACUUUGUUACCAUUAAUCCAAGAUUGCCAAAUCCAGAUUUCAGAUUGCUUUUGAAAAGAAUCCAGAGAGCAUGAUUCCAUGAAUACCAUACUUUAGUAUGAAUGGUAUUACCUGGCUGAUGGGCAGUGUUAGAUUAAUGCUACACGUACAUUUCAAGCCAAAGUUAUACUUUAGUCUCAUCAGACCACAAUACUUUUUACCACAUCUUUGAAAUAUCUUCCAGAAGACAUUUUAUGGACAAUCUUUUUCAGCCAAGCCUUUCUUGCCAUAAAGGCACUUUUUGUGCAGAGCCUUGUAGAUUGUUGAACGUCAUUUUGAAUCACAGCAAGGCUGUAGUUUUGUUUUGUUUUUCCACAUACUGAAUGAUAGACUACACUGAGCUCUAAUAUAUGUUCGGUGUCUUUAAGAUUGUGUUGUUGAUCUAUGUUUCUCUAUAAUUUAUCACUCUUUUGUAGACGUUUUGUUUAGUGGAAAAUGUCUGUCGUACCUCACAAAAAGUAUGUAUCCUCUUUAUUAAUGAAACAAUACGUGGUCAAAUAUUGCACUUAAUGAGCGAAGCCUAGUUCAGGCAUGGCACUUGGGCAGUGCGCCUCAUUACGCUCAUUAACUACACCUGUGUUAGCUUGCUUCAAGCCCAUUGGCCCACGUCCAAUAAGGCGGUAUUAUAAUGCAGCACGGAUAUUCCUACACUCACUCCCAGUUGUUGUAUUAUUAUGCUGCUGCCACCCUCCAGCAUCUCUCCCAUGUUGUCUGUGUGUUACUAUCAAGGAGGACUAUUUCUCUAUUUACUUCCUGCCUCAUAUUCUAUGUAUGUUGCUCGCUAAUGCUAGAGGCAGGAAGUGCUUCCCCUAGAUACAUCCAAUCCACUAAUGUCAAACCUAUUUCCAUGUCUAUGUUUAACAAUAAAUGGUCAAAUGAA